CUGGCAGACAAAGGGAGCAGAGAAGCGGCGUGGAGCUUUUCCUGCAGCAGCAUCGACACGCACACACAUACACGCGCACGCACUCUGACAUACUCCCUUACGCACUCCCCCUGCACAUAUCCGCUCUCUUCACUGGUGCAAGCAGCCACGCAGACCUUGUGGAGCGUCUUCCUCCUUCGCCACUCAUCUGUCACAAGCAUCACCACUCGGUCACCAUGGAGCUAGAUUUUGGGCACUUUGACGAGCGAGACAAGGCGGCUCGCACCCCGCGGAGCGGCCGCAUGAAUGGACUCCCCAGCCCGACCCACAGCGCCCACUGCAGCUUCUACCGUACACGCACCCUGCAAGCCCUGUCCAACGAGAAGAAGGCCAAAAAGGUGCGUUUCUACCGCAAUGGGGACCGCUACUUCAAGGGCAUCGUGUACGCUGUGGCCAACGACCGAUUUCGCACCUUCGAUUCUCUGCUGGCCGACCUGACUCGCUCGUUGUCUGACCACAUCAACCUGCCUCAGGGCGUCCGCUUUAUCUUCACCAUUGAUGGCUCAAGCAGGGUCUCAGCCCUUGAUGAACUUGAGGAGGGGGAGAGCUACGUUUGUGCUUCAGAGAACCUCUUCAAGAAGGUCGACUACACGAAGAACGUCAACCCCAACUGGUCGGUGAAUGUGAAGGCCUCUGCCAGUCAGAAGAACAUUCAGUCGCUGGCCGCCAAAGCCGCCAGCGAGCCCCGAGAGAGCAAGGACUUUGUGCGACCCAAACUGGUGACAGUGAUGCGCAGCGGUGUCAAACCACGCAAGGCCGUGCGCAUCCUGCUCAACAAGAAGACGGCGCACUCCUUCGAGCAGGUGCUCACAGACAUCACGGAGGCCAUUAAGCUGGAAAGCGGAGUGGUAAAAAGAAUCUACACGCUGGAUGGGAAGCAGGUCACUUGCCUUCAAGAUUUCUUUGGAGAUGAUGAUGUCUUUAUUGCAUGUGGACCUGAGAAAUUCCGCUACGCACAAGACGACUUCUCUCUGGAUGAAAACGAGUGCAGAGUGAUGAAGAGUCAUAAAGUAGUACACCGUGGUUCAAUCAAGAGUCCUCUAUCCUUCCAACGCUGCAAGUCUCCUGCAGAAUCAACCAAUGGGACAGGCUCCAGCAGCCAGAUGUCCACCCCCAUCUCCAAACACUCCCCCAUUUCCACUCCCACCAGUCCUGGGCCCAACAACAAACAAAAGGACCUCUACCUGCCCUUAUCUCUGGAUGACGACGAUUCCAUCGGGGAGUCCAUGUAGACUCUUCUCCAGCAGCAUUAAGCCCUUUUCUGUUGUUGUUUUUUUUUUUUUUUUUUUUAAUAAAGACCUGUGCGCAUCCUGUAAGAGCGCCACCUUGUGGUCGAGGCAAUGCACUGAUGCCAUUUGCUGGUUGAGAACACACACCAUUUCUUUUUCUUUUUUAGAAAGCCAAUUUAUCACCAAACUCAUCACACAAUGGCACAAAUGUUUAACUGAUGAUGCACUGUUAAAAAAAACUAUUUACUGGAUGCACUCUUUGCACUCCAAGUACACAAUUCCAAGCAGCAAAUGGGUGAUUUUAGCAGACAAAUCUGGCUAAACGUUUUUACGACUUUAUCUGUCGUGUCCCUGGUCCGAAAGGUAUCCCCUUUUUUCAGAUGAAUCCUUCCUAACUUGCUGUAAAUACUGUGCAUAGUUCUCACAUCCUUCUCUGGUUUUUCCGGUUGCCAUUGCUGUGCUUCCGUAACGUCGUCAUAACAAUCUUUACAGCUGAUUCCUCUUUGACUCCAUAUAUACAGUAGCAGGCUAUACAUGGUUGUUACAUCAUAUACCCUCAGUGUUGUACAUAAAGCAGUGCAUGAUACAUCAUUUUAGGGCUUUAGGUGCAUAUAAAAAAAAGCUGAUUUUUGAAGGACCUAACGGUGCAUAAGACUGACCAAAGUUCAACUCUUAAUUAGGCCAAUCAGUACACGGCAGUGUUUUAGUCACAUUUUUACAAUUUAACAAACCACAGAUGAAUAAAUAAUAAGAAAUAAAUAACUAAGGUUGCAAUGCUUUGCAGGAUUUAUUGAAAAGGGACUUUAAUUGUGAAAAUAUUCCAUAGAAGGAACACCUGAAGUAUGUACCUUCUGUGGCUUGCCUGGCUUUUAAUAUUUUAUAAAGUUUAAUUUUAUUUGUAAGGGGUCUUUAAUUUUUUUGUAUACUUUUUCCAAUGCUCCCUGUGCAGCUCUUAUUAAAAAUACUGUAUUACAGUGGGAAUGUUUUUUUUUUUUUAAAUAUAUUCUACUGAAGAGUUCUCAGGUUUUGCAGGCAACGAAGCCUGAGCCUCUUCUAAUUGGAUGACACUGAAGCACAAACGGCUGCAGGCACUUUGAAUGUUAGCACGUACCGCAAUUACAAUGCGUGACCACAAUUCGUGCUGCUUGUGUGGCAUAUUUUCUUUUCAAUUGAGCAUCUAUGCAUUUAGAUGGAAGGAUAGUGAAGAAAUGUCCUUGCAAUUUGUCAUGAGAAGUGUGUCCAAACUGUCGACAAGCUCCAUCGCCAUCGCUAAACUGCUCGUGUUGUCAUUGCAACUUUCUGUCCAAAAGAGGGCGCUGUCGCGCAAGUCUUCGCCCACCAUUUUCUGCAAGAGUUCUGUAUAGGUCCAUAUGUUGGUUUUCCUACCGUUUUGUUUCUUCAGCAUAUACAACAAUGUGUCUUGUGUAAACUGGCCACCACCAUAUUAGAUGGCUACAGUGGUGCCUUUUUUGACUACUAUUUUUGCUUUAAAAAUAAGAAAUGCAAGGUAUGCGCUUUUUUUAACCACUUUGUAACAUCGUGUUUUCUUAAACGAACCCUCCAAACACACUUUGUUUUGUAGAGACACUUGAUCAGUGUAAAUACCCUCCUUCCUGCCCCCUUUUUAUAUUCCACCUAUGCCUUUUUCCCCUUGAAUAACUUUUUUUUUUUCCUCUGGAAUUUACAAUAUUUUUAGUGGUAUUUUGCUAUGUCACAGUGGCUUGUUUCAGUGCUCCAUUCAAUGUAUUAACUGGUAUCUUUUUUGCAAUUAAAACAGUUUUACUUCA